AUGAAGUAUCCUAUGCGCUUCAGUAAGGAGCAAUGGGACGCACUUGGAAGUUCUGUUAAAAAAGCCAAGCUGAUUACAUUUGACGCAUAUAAUACACUUUAUUCCACAACGCUUCCAGUGAUGGUACAGUACGCCAAAGUUGGAAGAAAAUAUGGCAUUAAAACAAGUGCAGAAGAAUUAACAUCUAGAUUUCCCAAAGUAUUCAAAACCCUGAGAGACACGCAUCCCAAUUAUGGCAAGCAUACGGGUCUCACAGCACUCCAGUGGUGGGAAAUGCUGAUUUCCAACGUGUAUGCACCUGUUGACAUCCCUAAGCAAAUGAUAUCUGAAAUCCUACAUAUCUUCGAAGGUUUUGGAGCUUAUACAGUGUAUCCAGAUCUUCUCGAGCUGUUGAAGCUUAUCCGACAACGAAGCCCUGGAACUAUUCUGGCUGUAGUCAGUAAUACGGACCCCAUAAUGUACAAAUUGAUCAAGAAUAUUGGAUUAGAACCGUAUUUCGAUAGCUACGUGUACCUGUCGUAUGAUCUAGAGGUUGCCAAACCCGAUAACAGGUUCUUUGAUGCAGUCCUGGAAGACAUUGUCAAUCGCACGCCGAAUUUCUCGGCAGGACUUGAUAUGCAAGAGCUGAAAUCCGCAUGUUGGCACAUUGGUGAUGAAGAGGGAAAUGAUUUAAGAGGUGCGUACUCUGCAGGUUGGAACGGGGUUUUGCUCGAUAGAACGGACAAGUACCAGCAUUUUUCAGUAACAAGAAACAAUCAAGAGCGUCAACUUCACCAAUUAUUCGCCGACAAGAUCGAUAACGACGCUUCCAAGAGCUGGGAAUCAUCAAUGCAGCAAACGGACAUCCUGCAACUUUCGGAUCGCGAAUAUGUUGUCGCCAAUUUUGGGACCCUGGGCAAGCUGCUUUUCAAGUAG